UCAAAUCAUCUAAACAAUGUGGUUUUCCUUUGAUAAAAGAAAUGCUUCAAAUCUCAGCAGGUGUGAUUGCCUCUGGCUGCAGGUUCUCAGGUAAUAAAGCCGAGGCCGUAAAUUAUGACGACUCAGCAGAGAGCUUUAAAUUCAGAUUCGGAGGAAGAAAAGAGUCUUUCUUCAGGGCGAGGUGCAGAUCCAACACCGUACCAACGCUCUCAGCCUGAAUAUGACUGUUUCGUACUCGCUAGAAGUAGCCAACGCCAGGUUUCAUGGCUUCUCCAGGCUGCUGUUCAGGUGGAAGGGAAGCAUCUACAAGCUGAUGUAUAAGGAGUUCCUGGUUUUCUGUGCUGUCUAUCUGUUUUUCAGUGUGUUUUACAGGUUCCUCCUCACACCGAGGCAGCAGGAUCUGUUUGAGCGCGUCGCCCUUUACUGCGAUCAGUUCACCAACACCAGCUUCAUCCCCGUCCUGUUUGUCCUGGGCUUCUACGUGAACCAGGCCUUCACCCGUUGGUGGGGUCAGUACACCAGCUUCCCGCUGCCGGACAACCUGAUGAUGGUCGUGUCGGGAAACGUGCACGGCGUCGACGACCGCGGUCGCCUGCUGCGCCGGACCCUGAUGAGGUACGCCAACCUGUCGUCGGUCCUGAUCCUCCGCUCCAUCAGCACCAGAGUCCGCAAACGCUUCCCAACGUUGGAGCACGUCGUGGAGGCAGGAUUCAUGACGACACACGAGCUGAAGAAUUUUGAGUCUCUUCACUCUGAUUUCAACAAGUACUGGAUGCCUCUGACCUGGUUCUCCAACCUGGCGGCCCAGGCCCGGCAGGAGGGCCGGGUCAGGGACGACAUCGCGCUCAGGCUGCUGAUGGACGAGCUGAAUAAUUACCGAGCCAAAUGCAGUUUGCUGUUCCACUACGACUGGAUCAGCCUCCCUCUGGUCUACACUCAGGUCGUAACCAUUGCAGUUUACUCUUUUUUCGCCUUCUGCGUCAUCGGCCGACAGUUUCUGAAUCCUGAGAAGGGAUACAGUGGUCACAGAUUUGACAUGUACGUCCCGGUUUUCACCCUGCUGCAGUUCUUCUUCUACACCGGCUGGCUAAAGGUAGGAGAGCUCAUCAUCAACCCUUUUGGUGAAGACGACGAUGACUUUGAAACCAACCAGCUGAUCGACCGAAACAUUCAGGUUUCAAUGCUGGCUGUGGACGACAUGUACCAGAACCUGGCUCCGGUGGUGAAGGACAAGCACUGGAAGAACGGCCUCUUCUCCGUCCCUUACACCCAGUCGACGGCAGCAGAGACGUUGAGACCAGCGUUCAAAGGCUCCACUUUCGACAUGAGGAUGAGCGCUGAAGAUCUUGAGAUCCAUCAGCCGACCGAUGUGCCGGUGAACAAGCAGUAUUUACUUCCUCGCAGCUCUCUGGGGGAUGGACCGGACGGUCUCCAGCAGAAAACCAAAGGCAUCCUGCGCAGCGGCAGCCUCCCGUUCCUGAUGGACGUUUUGACUCAUCACAAUGAGGAAGACGAGGCUGUGGAAACCAAAACAGAUGCACCCAAUAACCAGGAGAAGGCAGUGGUUUAAUCUGUGAUGAAAAUUAAUGAAGUCUUUACACGUAAGACUAAAGAAAUCUGACAAAUAAAGCUUAAAACACACAAAACAUGAAUGAUAAGAAAUA